AAAAACACUAAUCAUCUAUGUGGGAGAUUUUUUAGAUAAAACAGCUUUUUUUUAAGUUAUUAAAUUUUAAAAAAAUUACUAACAAACUUAUUAAUUUAAUAAAGCAUAAAAAAAUUUAAUGAAUAAAAAAAAUAAAUAAAUAAAAAAUUAAUUCAUUUAAUAAAGCAUAAAAAAUAAUUUAAUAAAUAAUAAAGAUAAAUAAAUAUAAGUUAAACAAGUAAAUUAACAAAAUUCGGUUUGAGUUAAUAAUACAAAAACCAUGAGUUCAACAAAAAUGAUCACAGUCGAGGAGGAAUUUAAAAAAAAUCCUGAAUUAAAAGAAUCGGAUCUUGAAAUAUUGAGGGAAUGGUGCAAAAAGCAACCGCAUUUGCCAAAAAUUGCUGACAUCGAUUUAAUACUAAUUUUGCAUAGUAAUUAUUAUUUAAUAGAACCAUCGAAAAGAACAAUUGACAAUUAUUUUACAAUGAGAACACACGUGCCUGAAUUUUUUUCAAACAGAGACGUUCUUAAUUCCCCGUCACUUCGAAAACAACUCGAUAUUGCAGUAUAUAUGCCGUUGAAGGGACUAUCCAAGAAGGGCUACAACAUAAUUUACUCAAGAUUGAUUGACUACGAACCAUCUCACUUUGUGCAUCCCGAGACCGAGAAGGCCUACAAUAUGAUGCUGGAUAUAUGGUUGUGGACUGAGGGCACUGUAAAGGGUCACGUGAUUCUUAUAGAUAUGCACGGCUCACAAAUGGGUCACGUCAGUCGAAUGAAUCCUUCAGUGGCGAAAAAAUCGCUCCUCUAUCUUCAGGACGCCCUUCCAGUUCGACUCAAAGAGAUUCAUGUCAUGAAUGUUUCGCCGAUUUUCGAUCUGAUGAUGAUGAUUUGCAGGCCAUUUAUGAAAAAGGAACUUUUGGACAUGUUACACCUUCACACCACAAAGGAGAGUCUCGAGGAAUAUAUUCCACUGGAGAUAUUGCCGAAUGAAGCCGGUGGAAAGGCGGGACCAUUGUCAAAAUUUUAUGAUGAUCGCAUGAAACUCUUGACAGAAUUUCGUGAUUGGUUUAUUGAAGACGAAAAAAGUGGACGUGUCAAUGAAAAUCUUCGGCCUGGAAAGUCUAAAAAUGCUGGUGAAGUUUUUGGUGUUGAGGGCAGUUUUAAAAAACUUGAUAUUGACUGAGAAAUCGAUUGUUCACUAUAAUACAACAAUAAGUGCCUUUAAUAGCAUCUUGACAUUUAAUUUCUCUUAUUUUAACACCAAAGCAGAAUAGUGGAAGAGCAAAUUAGAGAAGGACAAAGAUAUAUUAAUAUCCUUUCUUAACUCUUUUAUUAUGAUUCUAGGACACUAUUGUGCAUUAGCCUUGAACCUCCCAUCAUGUAUAGUGAAACCAUGACGUCACUGUUAUGAACGACGAUUUUCAAGUAAACAUAACCUUAAAACUUAAUUUUCCCUAUUAGGUCCCGAGUUUUACAUUCCGCGUCCUCAACAACAAUUUCUGUGUCUAAUUUAAAUCAAUUAGACGUAUUUUAUUUAUCGAAUGUGUUUUAGUGUCUUGCAUAUUAAAUAAAGACUGUUAUGAUCUGUAUUAAAAGAAAAGUGCACAGAGUUCUGAGUUUUUUUUACGCGUGACUGCCCAUCUCUGUAUACAAUUCGUAAUACACCUAACCUAACUUUUUACAACAGUGUGUACUUGUGAAGUAAACAUUAAGUUGUCAAUUUACGGGAAAAAGCAUUUCACAGAAAGAAAAGACGAUCAGAUUUUAGGACCAAGGGGACCAAGAGUGUCGAUUUAAAUAUAAUUACAUCCAAAACACUUUUCAGAAAAAUUAAUUUAACUUGUAGGCUCUAGGCUGACGCAACACUUAAAUAUAAAAUAAACAUUUAGUUCUAUUAACCUUCUUAUGAGUGACGCUUUUCAGUAACAUGGACUUUAGGCGACAAAAAAA